AUGCCAGGCGCAGGCGGAGGGGGAGGGCGAGGCGGAGGGGGAGGGGGCGCGGGAGGCGGAGGGGGAGGGGGAGGAGGGUUCAUAGGCGGCGCAGGAGCGGGAGGUAUAGGCGCACCUGCAUCGUUCCACGAGGCCUUCCUUCCGCCAUACGCGCAUUCCGUUCUGCCGCCGCCGCAUGAUCCGUCGCUGUUGUCACACGCCCACAACCCCCAGCACUGCUUCCCCCCGGCUCAUCUCCCCUCUCUCCCUUGGCUUCCCCCCCCACCACACACUCCCUUCUACGCCCCUCUCUCGUCCCCUCUCGGCCCCGCUCUCCCCUCGCUUCCGCCUGUGGCGCACGCGCCAGAUCUAGAGAUGGGCGCGGCGGGUAUGCGCGAGCAGACGCCGUUUCUUUAUCCGCUCAGUGGCAAUGGUAGCAGCGGUAGCAGCGGUGGCAGCGUGGGUAUGUACUCUGCUGCUCCUCCGCGCAUGCAGCACCCCAGCGCCCUCCCCGGGUUCAUGCACAUUCCUGCCAUCCCGCCCUUCCCGUCUGCUGCUGCAGCAGCAGCGUUUCGCUGCGCUGUGCAAUCCUCCGCCGUCCCCGCUUCCGCCCUGCCCGCUUCUGCCAUCCCCAGCAAGGAGGGGGCGGGUGAAGCGGCAGCACUAGGAGGUGCCUCUGAAGCAGUUGAUAUUUCAGGCAGAGAGCAGACAGCUUCCGGGCGAGGUGCAGAGGGCGAGGAGGGUGCAGCAGAGGGUGGGGAGGGUGGAGAGCGGGAGAAGCAGGCGGAGUGUGCAGAGCAGACAGGGCGGGCAGAGUUAGCAGAGGGCGCGAAGGGCCCAGGGGUUGCUGAGGCUGCAGCGGGCGGUUUCGCAGCAGCAGGUGCUACAAACUCUGCAGCAGGCACUUUUGCACCACUGAGGCUGUGCCGUGGGAAUGGGAUGAGUGUGGGUGGUGGCAAGGCAAGAGGCAAGGCAGGAGGCAAGGGUACGGGCGCAGGGGAAAACAGAUGGAGUGGGGGAGGCAGUAGCAGUGGUGGUGGUGCUGCUGCUAUGGCACCAGCAGGUCCGGUUGGUGAAGGUUCUGGACGUGCUGCGGCUGCUGAAGCUGCUGAGCUGGCUGGGGUUGGUGGUUCCCCCUUCCCUGCUGCUAGCUUGCUGCCCUCGUCUCUCCCUCCAUGGAUGCUCCAUUCCCGCCCCCCAAUACCAGUAGUUCGGCAGGAGAAGCAGCACCAUCAGCAGCAGCAGCAGCGCGAGCAGCAGCAGGUCGAGAAGGAGGAUGAGAGGGAGGUGGAGGAGGAAAAGCAGGAGCCGCAGGAGCAGCGCAAAUGUGAAAGGGAUAUGAAAGCAGGUGACGAACGGGAGCGUGAUGCUGCCAUAUGCAGUGCACGUGCUUCCCCAGAAAAAGACAGUGACGCUGGUAACAGCGGUAGGCGUAGUGAUGGUGGUAGCAGUGGUAAUCGGGUAGAGACCGAGGGGCAGGGCACUCGUAUCAUGUGCCAUGACCAGGCAAGGGACACAUUGCCGCCUCCUGAGACUGCGUCCCUUCCUUCUCAUGCAGCAAAGGCCAGUAGCGUCCAGCUACCCCCCUCGCUGCUCGGGCAAGAGUAUCUGGACCUACCUUGCAGCUCAUGCUUUGAUCCUGCUGCUCUUUUCAGCAGCGGCAGCGGCAGCAAUAGCAGGAUGGCAGGGGAUCAAGUGGCGGCUGCACUGGCUGCUGUGCUUUCGCAUACGGUUGGGAGCAUGAUAUGGAGUGGGGGGGUGUGGUGGGGGCUGGGUAAGCACGAGGAGCAUGCAUUUGUGUAUCUGUGUGAAGCGGAUGAGGUGUGUGAAACCACUUGGUAUUUCCAGCCUCAUAGGCAGCUGGUUCCUCUGCUUGCCUUGGAUCUGCUUCACUUGCUUGUCUCAUCAUCCCACACGCUGGUCAAUGAUUGCAACGGGGAGGGGCAAGCUCUGCCUUGA